GGUCAAUAGGUGGCGAUGUUUCAGUGGUUUAUUGUCCUCCUUCGGUGGUUUUGCACAACAUCAUUUAAUAUGGCAGCCCACAGGAUAGCAUGUUUGGGGUUAAAUGCCCUUUAUUCCACUGUCUGCGCCCCAAAGCAGGCCCUGAGGAGCUGUUGGGGGGCAGUGGAGCAGGUGAGGGGUUACUACGUUGACUGGAGGAUGCUGAGGGAUGUCAAGAGAAGACAGAUGGCUUUUGACUAUGCUGAUGAGAGACUGCGGAUCAAUGCACUAAGGAAGAACACCAUCCUACCCAAAGAGCUUAUGGAGUUAGCGGAUAAAGAAAUCGCAGCAUUACCAAGGGACAGCUGCCCUGUGAGAAUACGCAACAGGUGUAUUAUGACUUCCAGACCUCGGGGAGUGAAGCGGAGGUGGCGACUGAGCCGGAUUGUCUUCCGUCACUUAGCUGACCACAACCAGAUGUCUGGGAUUCUGAGGGCCAGGUGGUGAUGGGGUCCAUUGGACACUACAGUUGGAUUGGAUCAUUAAACAAACAGGCUGUUUUAGUGGUUAUUAUAAGGAAUGCAGGACAACAGCAUGCAAUACAGACUUGUUUUGGCCUUUUAAUGUCUGGAGUUUUUUUUACUGGUAUUGACCGUAAUGAAACAGUUCCACCUCUACUCUCAAAAGCCAGGAAGGUGUUAAUGUGUUAUGUGAAUCCACUGAGAUCACUGCAGCAUAUCUUCAGAAUUUUGUAUAUGCUAAGGACAUGAAGAUAUCCAUUCUGUAGAUUAUAUGUGCCCCAGGAAGUAAGUUGCUUUUGCUUUAUUAUGGCUCUUCUAAAUAUGAAAAACAAUAUAAUACAUAUACUAUUUAAAGAGCAAUGAUAAUGGGACUCCUCAAAGGAGCAACUGUCAAUGGAUGAAUAAAUAUUAUUGUACAUUAAAA